UAUAAUAGUAUAAAACAAUGAAAAAUGACUGGUCGUGGUAAAGGAGGCAAAGGCUUGGGAAAGGGUGGCGCCAAGCGUCAUCGCAAAGUGCUGCGUGAUAACAUCCAAGGUAUCACGAAGCCUGCUAUCCGCCGUUUGGCUCGUCGAGGCGGUGUGAAGCGCAUAUCUGGACUCAUAUACGAGGAAACGCGUGGCGUUCUGAAGGUUUUCUUGGAGAACGUAAUUCGUGAUGCCGUCACCUACACCGAACACGCCAAGAGGAAGACAGUUACAGCCAUGGAUGUUGUCUACGCUCUGAAGAGGCAAGGCCGCACCCUCUACGGAUUUGGCGGUUAUGGAAAGGCAGCCAAGAAGGCUGGCAAGGCUCAGAAGAACAUCACCAAGACCGACAAGAAAAAGAAGCGCAAGAGGAAGGAGAGCUAUGCCAUCUACAUUUACAAGGUUCUCAAGCAGGUCCAUCCUGACACCGGAAUUUCGUCGAAGGCGAUGAGCAUAAUGAACAGCUUUGUAAAUGAUAUUUUCGAGCGAAUUGCUGCCGAAGCGUCUCGUCUAGCUCACUACAACAAGCGCUCGACCAUCACCAGUCGGGAAAUCCAAACGGCUGUUCGCCUGCUUCUGCCUGGAGAGUUGGCCAAGCAUGCUGUCAGUGAGGGAACCAAGGCCGUUACCAAAAUGACUGGUCGUGGUAAAGGAGGCAAAGGCUUGGGAAAGGGUGGCGCCAAGCGUCAUCGCAAAGUGCUGCGUGAUAACAUCCAAGGUAUCACGAAGCCUGCUAUCCGCCGUUUGGCUCGUCGAGGCGGUGUGAAGCGCAUAUCUGGACUCAUAUACGAGGAAACGCGUGGCGUUCUGAAGGUUUUCUUGGAGAACGUAAUUCGUGAUGCCGUCACCUACACCGAACACGCCAAGAGGAAGACAGUUACAGCCAUGGAUGUUGUCUACGCUCUGAAGAGGCAAGGCCGCACCCUCUACGGUUUUGGCGGUUAAAAAAACUGUAAAUUCUGUACCCCUAUUAAGCAAUCGGUCCUUUUCAGGA